UUCAUCAUCACCCAAUUUUCAAAUAUCUCCGGUCAACGUUCUCAAAUUUAUCCUCCGUUCGCCUUCAACUCUCCUCCCUUUUAAACCCCCCAAAUUCGAAAUCUUGGGUUUUCAGUUUCCCGAAAUGCUGAAAUUAAUCUCAAUUCUGUUGCUUUUUAUCUCAAUUUCGUCGAUUUCAGUAGAAUCAAGAUGCAGCAGAGGAUGCGAUUUAGCAUUAGCGUCAUACUACGUUUGGCAAGGAGUGAACUUGACCUUCAUAUCCGAGGUUCUCAGCUCCAGCAUCGUACCGUUCUCGACACUUAAUUUCGAUCCAAUCCUUAUUUACAACAGGCAAGUUCAUAACAAAGACAGUGUUCAGGCUUUUAGCAGGCUCAACGUUCCUUUCCCUUGCGAUUGCAUCAAUGGCGAUUUCCUUGGCCACGUUUUCACCUUCUCAGUUCGACCAGGCGACACUUACGACAAAAUCGCUUCUGAAUAUUAUUCAGGUUUGACGACGGCUGAUUGGUUGCAGCGCUUUAAUAGCUACCCUCCGACCAAUAUACCGGACAGUGGGGUGGUUGAUGUGGUGGUUAAUUGUUCGUGCGGAGAUCCUGUUAUUUCCAGGGAUUACGGUUUGUUUAUUACGUACCCGCUCCGACCGAAAGAGACUUUGAAUACUGUGUUGACCCAGACGAAUUUGUCAUCGGAUUUAUCUGGCUUGGUGCAGAGUUACAACCCCGGGGAAAAUUUCAGCUCAGGGGCUGGCUUGGUGUAUAUUCCGGGCAGAGAUGCUGACAAUAGUUUCCGUCCCCUCAAAUCAAGCACAGGACUUUCAGGUGGAGUUAUCGCUGGGAUAUCUAUAGCAGCCAUAGUGGUAGCUCUGUUGCUGGCAUUUGGUAUUUAUGCUAGAUUUUUCCGAAGGAGAAAGGGAACAACAUUACUUUCAACAAUCUCCCAAGACUUACCUGCUGAAGGUGGGAAUGUUUAUGGAAGUAAUGCAGCAGAAUCAACUGCAGCUGUUCCUGCUUCUCCGGGCCUAACUGGCAUUACUGUAGACAAAUCAGUUGAAUUCUCAUAUGAAGAACUUGCCCAGGCAACUGAUAAUUUCAGUCUGGCUAACAAGAUUGGUGAAGGUGGCUUUGGGGCUGUUUACUAUGCGAAUUUGAGAGGCGAGGAAGCUGCAAUCAAGAAGAUGGAUAUGCAAGCAUCCAAAGAAUUUUUAGCUGAAUUAAAGGUUUUGACACGUGUUCAUCACCUGAACCUGGUGCGUUUAAUUGGAUAUUGCGUUGAAGGCUCUCUCUUCCUAGUUUACGAAUUCAUUGAGAAUGGCAAUCUAAGCCAGCAUUUGAGAGGCCAAAGCAGGGAGCCACUUCCUUGGUCUAAUCGAGUGCAAAUCGCCCUCGACUCAGCCAGAGGUCUUGAAUAUAUCCAUGAGCAUACUGUCCCUGUUUACAUUCACCGUGACAUUAAAUCAGCCAAUAUAUUGAUAGACAAAAAGUUUCGUGCAAAGGUUGCAGAUUUUGGAUUAACAAAACUGACAGAAGUCGGAAGUGCAUCACUACCCACACGUCUUGUUGGGACAUUUGGAUACAUGCCACCAGAAUAUGCGCAAUACGGUGAUGUUUCUCCCAAAGUAGAUGUAUAUGCCUUUGGGGUAGUACUCUAUGAGCUUAUUUCUGCUAAAGAAGCUAUUGUCAAGGCUAAUGACUCUCUUGCUGAAUCAAAGGGUCUUGUUGCCCUGUUUGAGGAUGCUCUUAAUGAGCCUGAUCCUAAAGAAGCAUUUUGCAAGCUUAUUGAUGAGAGGCUUGAAGAAAAUUACACACUAGACGCUGUGUUCAAGAUGGCUCAGCUUGCCAAAGCGUGUACACAUGAAAACCCUCAGCUACGACCAAGUAUGAGAUCCAUAGUGGUUGCUUUAAUGACACUUUCAUCCUCGACAGAGGAUUGGGAUGUUGGUUCUUUCUAUGAAAAUCAAGCUCUUGUCAACCUUAUGGCCGGAAGAUAAUGGAAAUGGUCUUUUCAACGUGCAUGUUUGGUAGAGCUAGGGUUUAGUAUACAGACAAUCCCGGUGGUAUAGUCAAAAGUGAAAAUGUACAAUAGGGCUGAAUAAUUUAAUC